CAAAUAACGAUGAAGGUAUAACACAGCAGUGUCCGUAACGCGUUAAAUUUUUGUGAGAUAAACAAUAAUUCAAACGAUUUUAGUGUAAAAUUUGAAAUUUUUGUAUGAAAUUUUUAAAAUUUUAAUCUAGUCCAAAUAAAAUAAUUUUUAAGUUAUUUUUUGGCUCCAUUACUUUUGUAUCCAUAUUAUAUUUUAAUCAAGUCCUUAUAGGACAUUGCGCGUUAAUUUAGGUUGCAUGUUUAUCAUAAGUAUUAGUCAAGACAAACAGUCCGAUAUUUUUUAAUUACAAUUAACUUAUUUUACUUUUGUAAAACUAUUUUGUUAUCUCUUUAAAUAACUAAUACAUUUAAACCAAAUUCAUUCUCUAUAUAUUGUUUGCCUAUUGCAAACUUACAUACAAUAAGUAUAUGUUAUUUGAUAUAACUUAUCCUUGAAAAAUUAAAAAGAUGAGUAUUGAUAAUCAGCAGCAGCAACCAUCACUUGAGCAAAAAGAUGCUGCAAAUAAAAAUAAACGGUCAAUCCUUAAUGAUAAAACAUUUUUAAUUGACAUAGUAAAUAAUAUAAUUAGUUCAAAAGUCGAAAAACUCAUAAAUGCUUAUGGAGGUAAAAUUCUUCAAUCUUUAGAGAAAAAUACUAGUUAUUUAAUAUCAGAUCUAAGAAACAAUGAAAAAUCUUUAGAAAAUAACGACUCUGAGCAUGGAAAUACUAUUGAAAAUAUACCAAAUACGCCAUCUUCAAAACAAAAUAAAUCUUUUGAUCUUAUUAGCAAAGCAACACUUUUAAAUGUACGAAUAUUUUCUCCCAAACAAUUUCAACAAUGGCUCAAAUCAUUAUUGAAAAAACAUAGAGUUAGCAAAAGUCCUGUUGAUAAAGUAGCUAGUGUUCUUAGAGGAAAAAUAAGCUUAAAAAUAGAAUCAAUGGAUCAAGGUCAAUGUCCUGUAUUUGAAUUUAUUCCCAAGUGGCCAGAUCUUGGUGAUACAUUAUGUAAAAAAAAAUUAAAAGUUCCACCUGAACAAAGUUUUGAAAUUGAUAAAAGUGGAGAAGAGUAUUCCUCUGACCAAUAUAGUACUUCAGAAAUUGGUGGAAUGUGUGAAUUAUGUGAUGUCCCUUUUAUGAAUUAUAAGGAGCAUAUCAAUACAAAAAAACAUUUAAGAGAAAGUCAAGAUGAAAAUAAAUUUCAAGAACUCGAUGAGUUAAUUAAUGAACGGCCUCUCAGCAUGAUUUUUAACCAAAUUUCUCCUGAAAAUUUGCCUAGUUAUUCAGAGACAAAUGUUCAAAUGCAACUAGAAACAUCUAUUGUGAAAAGUGAAUUAGAUGAUUCUGCUAACACAAUUGUGGAUACAGAUUCAAAUGAUAAUGAAAAGAAUAUGCUAUCUUUGUAUGAAAGCAGUACUGUCGAGGAGAAACCUCUAUCAAAGCUUAAACGAAAAUGCUGUUCAGACACUAAUAUUUCUUAUACCCCAGAAAAAAAACGAAAAACUGAAUUUUUAUCAUCAUGCUUAGAAGAAAAAGAGGAAAUAAAUUAUAAAAAAAUCAAAAGAAAAAGAAAAGUACGCCAAAAAAAUUCAUCUAAAGAUAUAUAUAAGGUCGAAGUUAUUAAUAGUCAUAUUUAUCCAAAUAAAAGUAGUGAUAUAUUAUAUGAUGACCAAAAUAAAAUGAACAAGCCUCCUGUGAUAAUUCGGCUUAAACGUGUUUAUAACGCUAUAGAUAAUGAUACAGUAAAUGAUGGAAGAAGUUAUUCUUCUGAUAAUUGUAGUACUAAAACUACACCAAUAAAUGCUAGUCCAAUAGUACGUAGGUAUAUACGAGUUGUUAGAAAAGAAAGUUUUAGUAAUAGUGAAGGAGAUACUAAAUUAAAGUUAAAAAAUUUAAUGUUUUCAUUUGAACAACCUAAUUUACAUCAAAAACGCAGUUGUGAUAUCAAUUAUCAUCCAACUUUUACAUGUAUUCCAAAUAUUAGUCCAAGUACGCAGUAUGUUCAAGAAAGUUUAUCUAAAUUAAAUGAUCAUAUUAUUAAAUUCAAGACUUUACCCUUUAAUAAAUCUUUAGAAGUCUUGUCCAAUAUGGAUCCUCAACGUUUUGGAGAGUGGUUUUACAAAAUUCCCCGAAAAAUUCAAGAUGAUUUAUCAUUUGAUUCAUCUUCAUUAGUUCCAUUAACAAAUGCCUCCUAUUGUAGUUCAUUAGUUAAUGGAAAAAAAAAAGAAUAAAUCAUAUAUUUUUUUAAACCCAUUGACAAAUGUAUGGAUUAUUGAUUUUAUAAUUUACAUGGUUUUUGUAUCCUAUUUCUAGAUCUCUAAUUAUAUUUUACUACUAAUUUAGAACUCUUAAUAAUUUCUUUGUAUUUUUUUUUUACCGUAUUACUUCAAUAUUUCAUUUUAUUUAUUUUUAAACUCAUUUAAACAUGCAAUAACCAAAUUUAAGUUUUUAGUUUUACAUGUAAUUUUUUUUUGUUAUAGUUAAAAUUAAUAUUAUAAAAUUUAAUUACCAUUGUGCAGAAAAAAA